CGGAAAAAUAACAUUGUUUACAAACACCGAGACCUUCAGGACUCCGUGAAAACUCGUUCUUACACGAAUGGUUUCGUUUAUAUGUUUUAUUUGAGAUGUUAAUUAAAACUAUAUCCCUGAGACCGACCUGUCUGCACCGGAUGCUGGUCGUUCCGGGCCGCUAUUAUUGCCGUUAACUUUACUUCGGUACAGAUAACGAGCUAACGUUUAGCUCCACGUUUAACCGUGACCGGUGUUACAGGUGUUACCACGCCACGUGUGGCACGACAAUCCCAUCAUCCACCGCGCUGCAGGGCCGGUGUCAUGCUCCUCGAGCGUUUCCUGCUGAGUUUCAGAUCCACGUUUUCAAGAAGAUCCUGUUUGCAGAGAGUUCUGACCGUCAAUGAAGCCUCGACUCGAAGCCUGCUUCAGAUUUAUAGCAUCGGCUCGUCUCAGUCGACUCUGCAGAGGAUCCAGUUAAAGCGUGUGGCGCCAUCUGGCCUGUGUCAGCUGAUGGCGUGUGAAAUGCAUCCUGGCAGUACGUCCUGUCCUCUUGGUGUCACAUCAGCUGCUUCUGAUGACGACGAUCGUGACCUGGAAGAUGAAGACGUGAGGGAGACGGCGGUGAACGUCGGCCAGGCGGCUGCAGUCGCUGUGGAGAUCCAGGAAGUUCCACCAGGAUCAAGUGAGAAGAAGAAGAAGAAGAGAUGCACAAGGAGAGAGAAGAAGAAGCUACUGAAGAAGAAGUUAAAGUCUUCUGAUAGUUUGGAGAGUUUAAUGUUGGAGCUUCCGUUUGCGUUGACCAGCCCGACAUCCUGGAAGGAGCUGGGCUUUCUCAGCCCAGAAUCAACCCAGAGCAAGAGAAAGAGGAAGAGAGGACACACGGGAGGACGAGUGGACAGUGAAGAGGACGCAGAUAAAAAGAAGAAGAAGGGAAGUCAGCGACCAAACUACUUUGUCUCUGUUCCAAUCACUAAUCCUCAGAUCAGCUCAGCUGUGACUGAGGUCCAGGAGGCGGUGCUGCGGCAGGAGCCGCGGUUGUCCAAAGCCAUGAUCCCCGUCCCCAGUCUCCACAUCACACUCUUAGUCACUCACCUGCCCAACCAGGACCUAGUCGACCUGGCGGCGGCUGUGCUGGCCCAAGCUGAGCCGUCAUUGGCUGAGCUGCUGGGGGGCCAGGAUUUGGUGCUGCCCUUCUCUGGACUCUGUCAUUUCAGGAAGGAGGUGGUGUUUGUUGGGCUGCUCCCAGGACAACACAGACAGACGCUGGACAGACUGGCAGAAUUGUUACGCAGCCGUUUUGAGGAGGAGGGACUUCUGCAAGGAGACUGCCGUGGGUUCGAGCCCCACCUCACCAUUAUGAAGCUAUCCCGGGCAUCGAAGCUACGUUCUCAGGGCAUCAGAUGUGUGGAUCCGGCGCUUUACUCCGACUAUACAAACAGGGUUUUUGGAGAUCAGACAGUCGAGCGGUUGGAUCUUUGUUCCAUGUUGAAAAAGAAGCAAAAAGAUGGAUACUACCACACAGAGAAGUCACUACAACUUGAUUUGGUUCAGAGCCCACUCCAUGCCAAACGCACAAGUGGACGCCGGCGGUCUGAGCCAGACGAAGCAGAACUCCUGCGGGUGAGCAGGCGAUUGGUUGAGGAUGCUGUCAAUCGUGCCUUACAGCAGUACAAACAGGAAACGCUUCAAAACGGGGGCGGGCCUAAUGCCACAGCAAACCAGCCCCCAGAAAGCACUGAGGAAACUGUAAGUAAGACGGACAUGACAGCUAAUGCCGCCACAGACAUCAGGAAGUGACAUUGUCAUGCUGAGGCACAGACUGGUGAGGAACAAAAAAAAAAAAAGAAGCUGCCUGUGCGGUUAAGACAAGUCUAAAAGAAGGGACCGGAAACCUGAACCACCUCAGCCUACGCUAGCUGCCUGGCCGCGUGACCAAGCUCAACCAAGGUUGUAGCUUGAGAUCAAAGCUAGUGAUGGUCCUGACACGCCAGCUGGUGACGUGUCUUAACCCACUAACUUCAUCCAGCAUCUCACAGCGACGAGGUCGUCCCUCCACAGUGUCAGGUGGCACAGUGUGAGCUGCCCUUUCACAAUAAGUGAAAAUCAUGUUUUUGUUUUUUUUUGUUUUUUUUUUUUGGAGAGUUUGGUUUGAUGUCAUCUGCAUAGAAAAAAAAAUCCUGCUUAUUGCAUCAGUUCCCCGUUACGGGAGCACCUUUACUGUGUCUGAGUCUUUCACCAAACGUUACUUUUGCUUGUCUUUGUGCACGUUUCAAGCAGAGGAAUCAAACUGCUGUUACCCAGGAGCCACUGGUCAGUGUGAGCGGGGUGACAAAGCUAAUGUCACCCCGGGCAGAUUUCACAAAUUACAUCGUUGUGUGGGGGCUCGUGGCCUGGGUUAGUAGUUUGAGCCCCUUGCUGUCAAGAUUUUGUUGAAAGAGUUGUGUUGCGUUAUCUCUACUUUGCAGUCAUCGCAAGUGUUCUUUGUGCGCCUUCUCCAAAACGCAUGCACUGUUAAAUGGAUGUCCAAAUGAAGGGUGGAGUGAUUUUCAUAAGUCUUCAGAUACUUCGCCUCUCUGCACCACGUGUUUGCCAGAAUAAGCGGCGUGAACGCACCAACACUGUUAUCCAAUGAUAACUGGACUCCAGCCUGCCCCCAGUGGAUGUAACUCUUAAGAUGCAAACGUGAAUAUGUGGAUGAUAACAGUCAUCUUUGACGUGCACAUUGUAUGAAUUGAGCUGUGAUUGGUUGGAUUUAGAUGAGCUGCAUGUUGGUUUUUGUUGAGCUGUCCUUGGUAACCAGUUUAAAUCAAAUCAAACUGUCUUUGACCUUCCAGAGUUUAAUUUAAAUACUUGCCUGAACUGCCUUUUUUUGUCUGCGUUUCAGGUGGUUUCUGAAAAAUCAGAUUGUGUCUUCCAGUGUUUAGUUUUGUCCACAACCUAAAGACAUUCAUUUUACGGCCAGACAGGCGCAAAGAAACCAGAACAGAAGCUAAAACCAGAAUCCUACAAUUAAAUAAAAAUAAACCAAGAAAAACUCAAACAGAUUUAAUUGAUUGCAAAAUAGUUGGCAACUAAUUUAUCAGCUGGUUAGUCACUGUAGGACAUACGGAAUGGGAAGUCAGAUGUAUUUGAUUCUUACAAAGAAGUUUCAAAAAGGGGAGUAACAAUUCUCAAGAUAUGUAGUUCAUUAUGGAAUUGCUUCAAAUCCAAGCACACAAACACACUGGCCUGUUUUGAAAGUUAGAAUGUUUUAUAGUUUGGAAAUUUUAUUUUCAGGUCAUCACCAGGUCGCCGGUAACCUGGCUGCCGUGGCGUCAGACAGACAGACGUAUGUGAGCACACGCUGUAAGCAGUGACAGGUUUCUGAGUGCUUGCGUCUGGUUUUGUUUUGCUGAACGUGGAAUCCUCUUCAGCAUGUCUCUGAUUUUUGUUCACUGUUCGCCCUGUGAACAUGUGCAGGUCGAACAGCAGAAAGACGUGUUCGCUGACCUGACCUGCAGCUGUCUGGCAUCACAUUUAGGAAAUAACUUUGUUGGGGCAGAUUCCAGCUCUGGUACCCUGAUCAUCAGCUUAUCCUUGACUUAUUAGCUGUUAGCUGACAUUUAAAUUUUUAAAUUUAAUUAUUAAGUUAAGUUGCGCAGGCGACAUGUUUUUGCUUCCCUCUUAUAUGAACCAGUGCCAGAAAGUUUUAUAAUCUGAUGCUGAUAAACUGCUCAAAGUAGCAGGAGACCAAAUCUUAUAGCUGCAGACUUUAUUAAAGUAUGAAACAGCCAAUCAGUGUUCAGGUAAUCAGGAUUGAACUUUUUUUGUCAGAGUGAUAUAAAGUUCAUUUUCUUAACAUUUUCUGAUCCUGUCAGAUUCAUAAAUAAGUGGAAAAACUGCCAACUGCAUCACCCGUCCACCCGUUUGGAUGUCCAACAGCUGCACAAAUAACACCAUCUGUCCCGGUGACUCGCUGUCCUUUAAAAAAAAAAAAAAAAAAAACCAAAACAUUUGACUCAAACGCGGCAGCCGUGUGCCAGCUCAGACCAACAGUCACAAGAAGUGAAACACGGAGCUUUCAGUGAUCUUAUGGGUGUGCGCUGACCGUACGGCUCCGCGGGGCCGCACGUGCUCCUCAGACUCAGAGCUAAGUAGGUUUUUGACUGAUGCCACGAUGAUGAUGAAUGUGAUUGGUUUAGUUUUAAUUAAGUCGACCGUGCCGUAUUUUCAGCCUGUUCUGUCUGGAAAACAUGACUUAAAAUACAAAGGAUGCAUUUUAAUUAAAUGUGGAGGUCGGUGAAGACUUGAUUAGAUUGCAGGCUGGAUGUGCAUCCAGCAUAUUCAGUUUUAUUUAUGACAUUGUGACUGUCGUUAGUUUCAGUGUUAUUUUUAGUUUUGUGAAACAGCGCCCCCCGGGGGCAUGUCAGAGACAGACAGGCCUGCUGGGCCAUGAGGUGCUCUUAUAUAAAACAUUAUUUUAACUUUUCAAACUACAUUUAAUUUGUUUUCUGAUUGCAGCAGAAUAAACAGCGCACUGGUGAAGUUAAUACGUUCUGAGAG